CGGCGUCUCCCCUGUUCGCGACGCUUCCGGAACCUCGGCGGCGGCCCCGCCUGAGGCGCCCGCGUGUCGUGCUCUCUCCCGGCCUCUCCAGAAAAUGCCUUUCCACCUUCUUCUACCUCCCCCACCCCCUCCUACAGCCCACUUCCUCUCAACCCAUUUCGCGCACACCCUCAGUUCGUUUUGCGCUACCGCGGAGAAGCAUCGACGAGCAAGGCCGGCGAAGAGAGUCCCCACCGCGCAUCCCUCGCCCGUUCCGGAUGGCCGAGCAAUUCUACACAGUGGCAUCUGACAGCGAAACCACUGGGGACGACAAAGCACAACAAUCAUUCCCUGAUGUUGCUAUCGGCAUUGAUAUUGGCACUUCAAGAUGCAGUGUUGCUAUUUGGAAUGGUCAUCAAGUGGAGCUACUGAAAAACACUCGGAGCCAGAAAGGGAUGAGGUCAUAUGUCAUGUUCAAAGAUGACACCCUUUCAGCGGGUGUUACUGGAGGAGCAACCCAGGAGCACCCACACGAGGAAAGAGAUAUCUUGUCAGGAAGUGCAAUAUUUAACAUGAAGCGUUUAAUCGGGAGAAUGGACACAGAUGAAGUGGUUCAAGCUAGCAAGACUCUCCCUUUCCUUGUGCAGACACUGGGUAUUGGUGUGAGGCCAUUUAUUGCAGCUCUGGUCAACAAUAUGUGGCGCUCCACAACUCCUGAGGAAGUUCUUGCCAUCUUUCUUCUUGAAUUAAAGGCCCUGGUGGAAAUGCAUCUCAAGCAUCCAGUGAGGAAUGCUGUUCUAACCAUCCCAGUUGCAUUCAGUCGCUUCCAGCAGACCAGGAUCGAGAGAGCAUGUGCAAUGGCUGGACUGCAUGUGCUGAGGCUUAUGCCAGAGCCCACUGCUGUUGCUCUUCUGUAUGCUCAGCAGCAGCAGCAGCUUAUGCAUGAUAACAUGGGAAGUGGCAUUGAGAAAAUCGCCCUGAUAUUUAACAUCGGUGCUGGUUAUUGUGACGUUGCGGUGUCUGCAACUGCUGGAGGUGUUUCUCAGAUAAGAGCACUCGCAGGUUGCACCGUUGGUGGAGAGGACAUUCUUCAGAACGCAAUGUGCCACCUUCUACCCAAUUAUGAUAGCUUAUGUGACAAUGCUGGUCCAACUACGGACAGGAUCAAGUCAAUGGCUUUACUGCGGAUGGCAACUCAGGAUGCGAUUCACAAACUGGCCUCCCAGGAAAGCAUUGAGAUCAAUGCAGACUUGGGUAAUGGCCUCAAAGUGUCCAAGCUGUUGAGUCGUGCAGAGUUUGAACAGGUGAAUCAGGCGAUCUUUGAGAAAUGUGAGAGGAUCAUCAAUCAAUGCUUGUCAGAUGCAAAGUUAACGCCAGAAGACAUCAAUGAUGUGAUCUUGGUUGGAGGGUGUUCCAGAAUUCCCAAGAUCAGAAGCCUUGUCCUGGGAUUAUGCAAGAAGGGAGAAUCUUAUGGGAGCAUCGACCAUCUUGAAGCCGCUGUUUCAGGUGCUGCACUGGAAGGAGCCAUCGCUUCAGGAGUCACCGAUCCUUCCGGGAGCCUGGAUCUGCUGACGAUUCAGGCGACCCCGAUGAACCUCGGAAUCCGUGCCGACGGGGACGGCUUUGCAGCCAUCAUUCCAAGGAACACCGCUGUUCCGGCUAGGAGGGACAUGCUGUUCACAACAACGCAGGACAACCAGGCCGAGGCGCUGAUCGCCGUCUACGAAGGCGAGGGGGAGCAGGCGGAAGAGAACCAUCUCCUAGGGUACUUCAAGAUCACCGGCAUCCCGCCGGCGCCCAAGGGUGCCGUCGAGAUCAGCGUCUGCAUGGACAUCGACGCCGGCAACGUCCUCAGGGUGUUUGCUGGCGUCGUGAAGCCGCAAGGCGAGGCCACCCCGCCGUUCAUGGAGGUGAGGAUGCCCACGCUGGACGACGGCCAUGGCUGGUGCGGGCAGGCCCUGGCGAAGAUGUACGGCAGCAAGCUCGACCUCGCUGUAAUCCCUAAGAAGCUGCAUCCUUAAGUGCUUUGCUUAUCAGUUUUUCGAAAAGAAAAAAAAGUGCUUUGCUUACGAGACUGGCUGUGUACUCUAGUAAAUUAGCUCGCAGAUUGUGGUUUCGAGGAUGUAUCAUGAGAUCUCUAUGUGGUACAUGUAGACAAAUAAAUGCCAGUGUUGUCUGUGUACAAUGUUGCCUUGCGUGUAAAAUGGGAUGUUGCUAGUAGUAUAAAUAAGAGCUGUCUAAUUUAGACACCUUUGAUCUCUA